ACUAUAUGAAAAAAAAAAUACAGGGCAGUUUGGGAAUACUUCAUUUAAACAGCAAAUAUAUUUGUGAAUUGCACACAUUAACUAGCUGUUGAAAGGUGUUUGGAUCGUACGAAACAUGAAUGGUACAACCUAUCUAUAGAAUGAGUUUGUUUCAUAACGUAAAAAAAAAAAAAAAAAAUAAACAAAUGCACGUGGGAAUUUGGGCAGUGAGUAUUUAGAUUGAUCACAGCUUCUAUGAAAUUUGCAAUGAAGAUAUAGUGAUAUUGAAUAGAAAAUUAAAGUAAUUAGGGAUAACUUGUUGAAAUCAGUAUAUAUUGUCAGCGCGGAAGUCGUCUGAAGAUCACUCUCCGAGCCGGAGGUUCCCGCUCGUUUUCAGUUUCAUGCAAGCCAACGGCAACGUUUGUAAUUUUGUACCAGUGUUGAUUUGAUUUUGCCUUCCCGGUUUUAUAAAUUUUAAGGGAUUAUGGUAGCACGCAAACGCACACAAAGAACUGACAAGGCGACAGAAAGUAACAGAAUCACAGGUGACAAAGAUCGAUGUAAAAUCUCGUCAGGUGGUGAUGACGAUGACGUUUCUCCUCCGAAGGCGGAAAAGAUCGCGGGGAUUCCUGGAGACAAGGAUGCAGACAUGAUACAAACAGACGAGAAGCGGACGUCUGAUGUUAAAGGGAAAUCUAGGAAGAGGGCAGUCCCUUUAGUGGAUGCUGACAACAGCUCAAAGAAUAAAAGAAGUCGUUCAUCUCGGUCAGAAUUACAGGUGAUAAAGGAAGGUACUCGGGUUAGGAAGCAGAAACCAGGCGCUAGUAAAGCAGACCGAAAGCAAGCCCCAGACCCUAACAGAAAAACAAAUCAAAAGUCGAAAAAUGCCCCGGGUCCUGACAGUAAAACAGAUCAAAAGUUGAAAAAUGCCCCAGGCCCUGACAGUAAAACAGAUCAAAAAUCGAAAAAAGCCCCAGGCCCAAACAGUAAAGCAGAUCAAAAGUCAAAAAAUGCCCCAGGCCCUGACAGUAAAGCGGACCAAAAGUCAAAAAAUGCCCCAGGCCCUGACAGUAAAGCAGACCAAAAGUCAAAAAAGCGAAAAGGAGGCAAAAGUGAAGUUGACUUGAGUGUGCUCAAGAGAAGAUCAGGGAGAGGUAAUUACGUAAAAACGUCGAGCAGACCCGCUGUUAAAGAAACUGUUGAGAGCAGUGUGAGAGAUGAGGAGAAGACAGUAUUAAACACUGAGAUGUUAGAACUGUGUGAUUUGAAGACUGAUAAAGUUAAAGAAACAAGAUCAGAAGAUGUAGGUGUUCAGAUUGAUAAGGAUUAUGCUGAUGUAGGGGUGAUGUCCUCUAGUGAAUCGGACGAAGCAGAUGAUUUUGAACCUGUGAUAAAAAAGACGAAGGUCCAGUCAAAAACAGGUAGUGGAAAAGUGAGUGCUACUAUGGAUAGAAAAAGCAAGAUACUUUCAAAUUCAGACACAAAGAAGGCAAGUGAAAAAACCAAGAAAACAUGUCCAGGAAGGAAACGAGCAACAAAGGUCAAAGAAAUGAAACAGAGCAGUGAAAAUAAAAGUCAUCAUGACAACAAGGGCAUGUCCAAGAGGAGAGGCAUCCCCAAAUCAAAGGAGUCAUCUGAUAAUUCCACAGGUGAAUCUCGCAAAUCUGCCACAACAAGCCAGAAGAACAUCGACCAUUUAAAUGUGAUGUCUGUGUUACUCCACAUGGAAGGAGGGAGGGAGGUGCCAGGCUCCUCGGGGACAGUUCCUGGAGGUCAGCUGAGCGAGGGAGAGACUGACAAAGACAGUGAGGAAGAAUCAGACUGGGAGGAGGUCAAAGAUUUUGAAGGGAGCCCAGUGAAGUCCCAGAUCCCCACAGAUCCCGUGGAAGUCAUUCUAGAGGCCCCUAACAUCCUCAAGAAAAGGAAAAAGAGAGAAUUUGAUUGGAAAGCAUACGUUCAGAGACAAAUCAAUAGAUUCAACAAAACUCUGAGAGAAGACAUCCAUAAGGUACAUGUGAUGUGUUUACUGAUGAGGGGGCGGUACCUUAAUCAGAUGUGUAAUGAUCUGCUUCUAAGGGGUGUGGCUCUAUCCCUCCUACCUCAGGAAUUUUCCUCGGUCCCACCAAGAAAGUACGAUGUUACGACACACACACGCCUCGUGAACUGGUACAAAGGGACUAUUAUCAUUGAUCCAAGUAUCGCUGUAACAGAUGAUCACAAAUCUAAUCUGACUCCUGAGACUAUUGUAAGGAGAGUGGAAGACAGAAAAGUGAACAGUCGACUGGAGUUUGUUUUGUUCUACCUCGUCACACUGAGAUGUUUAGGAGUCCACUCUAGACUGGUUACAUCUCUACAGCCUCUUCCGCUCAAAAACUCCAAGCAGGGAGAUCUUAAAGAUGACUGUAAAAAAAUAAACAUAAAGGGAAACCCGGCAGCAAUCAAGAAAGCCAAGAAACCCAACUCCAAGGUCAAACCCGCAGGACAGGCGAAAGUGGAGAAAAGGUCCAAGGACAAGACAGACAAACGGGAUAGAGAUCACACAGAAAAAACAUCCAAGUCAGGAGCACAAGGGACCUCAAAAACUCUCAAAACCAAAAGCAAGAAUCUCAGGAAGCGAGGCUCCAAAGUGAGGCCAGAGAGUUAUCACGACAACAGCGACCUUGAAGACUCAGGAGAUGACUUUGAGCCAGAGGAGGAUGGUUGUAGUGGAGGAAGAAAGAGGAAGACUUCAGAUAGCUCACUCAAGAUCAAUGAAUCUCCAGACAGGUCAGAGGAAGACUUUGAGGAAGAAACCCAAACAUUUAGGAGCCCACUCAGAAAGUCAAUCUCAGGAAAGAAGAAAAACCAAAAGAUUUUAUCUUCAGACUCUGAGAAUGAUGCCCAGCUGCUUAAUCAAAGUUGUGAUGAAUGGGUGGAGGUGUAUAUUGACCAGGAGAGCUCGUGGAUAUGUAUUGACUGUCUGAGGGGACAUAUAAAUCGUCCGUACCGUAUAGAAAGUGCUGCCACCCAACCUGUGCAUUAUGUAGUGGCAUACAGUGAAGGGGGGAAAUGGAAAGACGUAACAGCGAGGUAUGCUUCUAAGUGGAUGACGGAGACCAGAAAGCUGAGGGUGGAUCCUGAGUGGUGGGAGGAGACACUUAGUGUGUAUAGGGACAAGGAGGACGAAGUGGAAGAUGAGGAAAUUAAAGCUAGCCUGAUGAAGCGCCCAUUACCUACCAGUGUGUCUGAUUAUAAGAGCCACCCCCUGUAUGCGCUUAGGAGACAUUUACUGAAGUUUGAGGCUAUCUAUCCAGAAACAGCUGCCCCGCUUGGCUACAUAAGAGGAGAACCAGUUUAUGCUAGAGAAUGUGUGCAUGAGUUACACUCACGGGAGAAUUGGCUAAAGGAGGGAAGAGCAGUUCGGAUUGGAGAAGAGGCUUACAAGAUGGUGAAGUCCAGAGCCAAGUGGAAUAAGCCCAAGCUUGAUCCGGAUGCCCUGGAUUUGGAGUUGUUCGGAUUCUGGCAGACAGAUGUGUACAUUCCUCCUCCGGCUGUAGAUGGCAAAGUUCCCAGGAAUGCCUAUGGAAAUGUGGAGUUGUUCAAAUCUUCAAUGUUACCUGCUGGAACAGUACACCUCAAAGUGGUUGGUUUAAACAAGGUGGCAAAGAAGUUAGAUAUAGACUGUGUACCUGCCAUGGUGGGUUGGGAUUCUCAUUGUGGAUUUUCCCAUCCAGUUUUGGAGGGGUUUGUUGUGUGUGAGGAACAUAAAGACAUUCUCCUGGCAGCCUGGGAUGAAGAGCAGGAAAUCCAGAAGCAAAAAGAGGCUGAGAAAAAAGAGAAGAGGGCCCUAGGAAACUGGAAGCUGUUAAUUAAAGGGCUGUUAAUCAAGGAAAGGAUAAAGAAACGUUUUAACCUGGUAGACAAGGAAGAGAAACAAGAGAUGAAAGUGAAGCAAAAAGGAAAGAAAGCAACUGAUGCAGAAAAGUCCUGGCCACGAAAACAGCAGGAGGCCGAAAAAUUGUCUCAUAGUCAAGAAACCAUGUGAAAUGGAUAUUUACAACUUUUAAAUUAAUUUCUUAGAAGUACAAGUUUUGUCUUACAGCCAUAAGGCUCAUAUCCUAUAGUCACAAGGUUCAUAUCCUGCAACCACGAGGUUUAUAUAUGUUACCAUGAGGUCCACAUCCUACAACCACAAGGUUCACAUCCUAUAACCACAAGGUUCACAUCCUACAACCACAAGGUUCACAUCCUACAACCACAAGGUUCACAUCCUACAACCACGAGGUUUAUAUAUGCUACCAUGAGGUUUACAUCUUAUAACCACAAGGUUCACAUCUUACGACCACGGGAUUCAUAUUCUGUUACAAGAAUUGUUUAUAAUCCAAACGUUGUUUUCUUUACAUCCUGAUACUGAUGAACAAUUGUUAAUUGAGAUAGAACUGAAGGCAGAGAGCAAAAGAAUCAAAAUGAUACCUGUGUUCAAGUCAAAUAAUCUGCCACAAUCUUUAUUGUGUAUAAUAUGAAUAUACAUUGAUAUGUAAAGUGGUAUUUAAUGGUUUUUUUUUUAUCUCGCUCAAUUGACAUACAUGUACAUUAGCAACAGAAGUAGAUACAAAAGAAUAUGAAUGUAUAUAAGCAUAUAUAUACAUGUGUGUGUAUAUAUAUAUAUAUAUAUAUAUCAUCAUUUUCUUUUUAUGAGAGGGAGAGAGAGAGAAAGGGAGAGAGAGAGAGAGAGAGGAGGGAGUCAGUUGACUACACUGGUAUUUAAUGUUUAUGAAAUGGGGAAACUUUUUUCAGUAAAGCAUGCAGUUUAGUAGGAUGGGUGGUUAUUUCUAAAUUUCGAUUUAAUGUGGUUUCUUUUUUUUCAAAAUGAGAUGCUGGCAUCUAAAUAUUAAUUUAGGCAGUAUGUGUUUUUCUUUUCUUUUUGUAUGUGUGUAUCUUUUAAUCUCUAUUGUAUGAGAAACCAUUGCUCGGUCUAUGGGAAUCCAUCUAUGAGAAUCGUAAUAUAUUGGACUGGGUUUAGAGAGAUUGUUUUAAAGUGCACUGUUUUUGUGGUGAAUUAUUAAAAGAGGCAUCAAUAAAAAUGGAACACAGAAGUA